AUGUACGAGCAGGCAGAGCCUGUCCGGUCGCCUUUCUCCGGCCCCGACAGCCGCCAAACCAGCGGGCCGCCCAAACCCCGUCCCGUCCGUCAGAGUGGUUCACGCGAGCGUGUCCGCCACGGCAACGGCGCUUCUGACAAUCAGCGGGAAGACGCCGAGGAGGUGAAACGUUACGCAUCGUCUGCAGACCGCACGUAUCCGGGUAGAGCGAGCGGCCGCCGGGGUGUCUGUAGCUUCCUUCGCGCCCGACGCAGCUGCCUAGCCGCCGGCAUCGCCGUACUACUGAGCCUAAGCGCCGUGGGACUCGCCCCUUUGACGUUCAGCAACAAACAGGAAAUAUCACAAUUGUCGACCGCUGUUGACGCCUUGAAGCGUCAACUGUCCACCACUGUUGACGCCUUGAAGCGCGACCAAGACGACAUGUCCGCCACUGUUGACGCCUUGAAGCGUGACCAAGACGACAUGUCCACCACUGUUGACGCCUUGAAGCGCGACCAAGACGACAUGUCCGCCACUGUUGACGCCUUGAAGCGUGACCUGGACAACGAGCGCAACCGGAUCGCCACCUUGGAGCAGCGUCUUCACGAGAUUGAGAACGGGAAAACUUUGGAUUACACCAAGUGGCGUGGGAUCUGCUACAAGGUCUUCAACACACUGAAGACCUUCAGCGAAGCGGCGGGGGCCUGUCGCGAAGACGGCGGCACCCUCGCCAUGCCCCGAGACGCGGACAUCAACACCUUCCUCAUCGCCCUGUGUAAGUCCGUGAGCGACGCUUGGGCCUUCUGGUUCGGCCUGCACGAUCAGCGCGUAGAGGGAAGUUACGAGUGGGUGGACGGCUCUCCUCUUGGGUCGUACAACUCUUGGGCUCCGGGAGAACCGAGCAACUUUAAAACUGCCAAUGGGGACCAAGAUUGCGUCCUUUUCUCCAAAUACCGAUCACAGAAAGGCAUGUGGCACGACCAUGGCUGCCACCUGCGAUUUUACUUCAUAUGCCAGACUGCUCCAG